AUGAAGAUCUCAAUCACCUUCCUUUCCCUGCUCGGGCUGAGCUGCACACAUCAAACUAUUGUCGGCAGAGCGCCUCCGGUUCCGCCGGGUCUACCGACCAAAGAAAUCAAGGAUCUCAUAGUAAAUGGCAUCAAGGACUGGGGGCCAGCCGCGAACCUCAAGCCCCCUUCGAGCCCAAAGCCUCCUCAUCGAGAAAUGCCACUUGGCCUAGGCUCGCCCAAGCCGCCGCACAAGUAUCCGCCUGGCAAAACCGGAGUGUCGAGAAUUCCGGGCUCGCCUCUUGGACCAAAGAAGUGCAGGCCAUGCAAGAGAAAAAGGCAGCUGUGUUGCAGCGGCGUGGGCAACAUCGGUCGUCCGGUCCAAAAAACGAGCAAGAUUCGGCUGACAAAGGCGGCCGGCACGGCAGCUGCUUUCAUUCUGCUGGCACCGCGCGCGAGAGAGUUGCUCGAAGCGAUCAAGGACAGCCCUGUCGGAGCACCUGUGCGCUGGUUCGAUGACGCGAUGGCCUCUGUCCAGGAGGCGAUUGGAGGCCCGCUGAGGGAUGAUAUCGACGGAAACGACCUGAAAGCCUCGAUAAUAUGUGCUUUCAAAGGAGGAGAAGAGUCGGAAAUUGUCCAAGGACGAAAGAGUCAUUUUUGCACCUCUACUGCGGAUGAAUUCAACAAAGAUUUCGAGGACGCAGCUAAAAACGGAGAGCUUGAAAAGCUUGUUUGUACGUGCGCGUUUGUCGAGGCGAGUUGGUCAUAUCCGCAAUUGAGGGGUGGAUCUCCGGCUGCGAGCGCCGUCUCGGAUAGAAUGUGUAAAGCAUUUUUCAAGAGCAACCAAUACGGGGAUUUUCAAUGGAGGAGGGGCUUGAAUGAGCUGUUGGAUGCUUGUUCCAAUAUUGAGACAAAUCCGGACGCUGUCAAGGAUGAGGGCGCUUCAAAAAAGAUCAAAGAGCGCUGUGCCGCACUGCAAGCACAGUGCGAUGCCUACAAGCUGUUAAACGAUAGCAGCUACUGCGGCAACGGUUGUCGGGCGGCCUAUGCUUUGGGCGGUUUUCGUCUAGACAUUAGUGGAAAGCAACCGCAGAAGAAGCAGAAGCCGGCUGAGAAGAAUUUGGACCCAUCUGAGGAUAAAGAACAUCAAGAAAGGGUGGAUAAGUACUGCGCCGAAGUUCGAGAGCAGAUUGAAGCGGUAUCGCCAGAGACAUAUGAGGGAGAUUGA